AGCGGGGCCGCCGUCCGCCUGCCUGGCGGGGCUGGGGGCCGCGGGCACGGCGGCACCGCCCGCGCCUCCCGGCUUGGUCCCUGGGGCUUGUCCUCAGUGUGAGGCGGUCCUGGUUCCCUCACAGGCUGCUGCUGUGACAGACCCUGGCUCAGCCCCUGCUGCAGCUCUGGGCUUCCCGCAGGUCUCUGCUGUGUCACCCCGCCGGCCCUAGGGCACCUUUUCCGCAGCUGGUGGCAGCGUACAUUGAUGCUUAAAACAUGAAGACUAAAACCAAAGGAAAGAAGCGAAGGCAUACUGUUGACAAAGAAGCAUUUUCUGAGGAAUCAGCAAUGAGAAAAAAAGAACUGGUGAAAUGUUUACGUCACAAAGAAAGGAGGAAUGGGGAAAACAAGGAGAGCAGCAAGAUCACCACAGCCAGAGCCAAGCAUCCUUGGAGCAGUAAGGACAGGCAUUUGAGGAGACUGGAAAGCAACGAGCGGGAGAGGCAGAGAAUGCAUAAGCUCAACAACGCGUUCCAGGCUUUGCGGGAGGUGAUCCCUCAUGUGAGAGCUGAGAAUAAACUUUCCAAAAUAGAGACUCUCACACUGGCCAAAAACUACAUUAAAUCCUUGACCUCCAUUAUACUCAAUAUGUCCAACGGACACUUUCCAGCAGCAGAAGGGAUGGGGGGAGCCUGGGGGUCCAAAUUGUACCAGCAUUAUCAACAGCAACAGGGGGAUGAUGAUCAUGAGGAACAUCUACAAAAAUAUUCCACAUAAAUUCAUAGCUUCAGCCAAAACACCUACAGUUAGCUACUACUGUCAUUCUUUUUUCUUCUUGCAUGAUAAUACAUGUCAGUACGUUGAUGUUUUAAAAGAUUAUUUUUGCUUCCAGCUAUCCCCUAUUUUUUCUUAAAGGGACGAACAGGUAAAACUCAUGGCUGUAGCUUAUAUGACACAUUAAAAAAUCACCUUAAAUUAUAAGAAUUUUUCAGAGCUUAAUGGAUAGGUGUGUGGUGUGUCAGGGUCUGGAAACCUAUCCUGUAACACUGUAGUUGACUUGAAAGUAAAGAUUUCUUUUGAAAAUCACCCUCCCUGGAAGGUUUGAGAGUUGAGCAUUUAAGGCCAUUACCUGAGUGCACUCGAGCUUGUUGAGAAUUUUGGCAGUAGGGCUAUUCACCGAUCUUUCAGUGACUCAGUUCUUACAUAUCCCGCUAUGGAAGAAAUUAAAAUUGAUGACAACAUUUGACUGACUCGAUGAGUGAAGUGGCACAUAAAGGAAACUGGCAACCAAAUCGGAAUCUUUAUCUUGAGUGGUUUGGAUUUGCUCUGAUAAUUCUGAACCUUGCAAAGCAUAACAACUUUGAAAGUACUUGUAAACAUCCACAAGGCUUUCUCAGAUUGUAAGCUCUCUAGAGUAAGGACAUUUUCUGGAUUUCAGAGCAUCCAGCCUCAUGGAGUUUUUCUUUAGGCAGGUCUCUGCAUGCUAUUGUAAUAAUAAAUAAGGAACAAAUGACUUAUUUUUUCCAAAACUAUGAUAAAAAUGCUGUAGUAUAGUUACAAGUUAGACAAUUAUCUAUCCAAUUACAAAUUAUUUGCUAAUGAAGCCUGUAAUGUGAUUAGGGUUAUUUCUGGGUUAGGGCUAGGUUCUGAUAUUCUAAAAUACAAUAAAUGAAGCAGGAAUUCUUCAAAGAGGAAAA